GGGGACGACAAUGGGCUUGGUUCACCUGUAUGGCAGGAGGUCGUUAGCUUCUGUUCUGCCAACAUCCCUUUGCUCCCUCGCUAGUUGUGAUAUCAUCCGCUUCUCCUGCGCCCCUCCCGAAUACACCCUUCAGCAAUGUGGAAUGAAGUGGCUGACUUGUUCCGAGAUGCAUAUCCAAGUAUGUGGGUAAACGGUCUGGAUAAGUCGAUUUGGAUUCCCAUAGGUUGGACAACCACUCUGGCGAAAGUUCGACACGGUCGUCGUUUCGCUCUUGCAGCUUUUCCUUCCCAGGCCGAAGCGCCUUGGUCGC